AUGAGAGAUGAAGCCCACUGUUCCUUUGUGAUGGGAAAAGCACGAGUCACACCGCUGAAGCAUGUAACUCUCAUGAGGCUUGAGUUAGCUGCCGCCACUGUCUCAACGCGGACGAGUGAGUUCCUGCGUGCAGAGCUGUCCUACCAGAAGAUACAAGAAUAUUUCUGGACUGACAGCAAAAUUGUUCUUGGUUAUGUACCCAACGAUGCCAGAAGAUUUCACGUGUACGUUGCAAACCGGGUCCAGCAGAUCCGUGACUCAUCCGAUCCCAAUUCAUGGCAGUAUGUCGACACCAGUUGCAAUCCAGCAGACGAGGCAUCACGUGGACUAAUGGUAAAGCAGUUAGUAGAGAAGUCUUGCUGGUUGACUGGACCAGAGUUUUUGCAGAUGGAUGGGCCUACAGUAACCCCCAAAGUGGCAGCACAAAAGUUAGACGAAGCUGACCCUGAAGUCAAGCAAGCUGCAGUGUUGUCCACCUGCACAGAAGCUACCAAUGAAAACCAGUUCCCAGAUUACUUUGAGAAGUGCCGACUAGAUCGAUUCUCCACAUGGCAUCGAGCCAAGAGAGCCAUUGCGAAUUGCCUGAGGUACAAAACGAGACUUCGUCAAGGUAAAGUUGUUAACGGGUAUAAAGUCCCAGUAGUUGCGGUGCAUCCACCACAUGUCAGUGUAGAGGAGAUGGAAGAAGCGGAGACAGAAAUUCUCAAGAGUCUUCAGUUACAGCACUUCAAGAGUGAAGUCCAAGCUCUCCAACAGGUGAAACAACGGGUGAGUUCGCAAGCCGAGAGUCAGUGA